UCUCGACUGCACUUCUUGACAACAUUCAGACUGAAGCACUUGCUUCGCCGCAAUAAUGUCUUCCAAGGUCAUCAGCAUCACCUCAACAGGUCACUUCAAGCAGACCACCGCGUCCUCGACCUAUACCGUGGUUGACUUCUACGCCGACUGGUGCGGUCCCUGCAAAGUCAUCUCUCCCGUCUUCGAACAGCUCGCCGCCGCCGAAUCGAAACCCGGCCGAAUCGUCUUCGCCAAAGUCAAUGUCGACAAUCAGCGCGAUGUCGCGUCGAUCUAUGGGAUAUCAGCCAUGCCAACCUUCCUAGUCCUCAAAGGCAGUAAAGUUGUCGAAACCGUCCGCGGCGCAAACCCCACCGCCCUCCGCUCCGCUAUCCUCUCCGCUGCCGCUGAUGCCGCCAAAGGCGCCGCGAAAGCUUCACAACUCUUCUCUGGAAAAGGCCAGACGCUUGGUGGUGCAGGGAGCGCUUCCUCUUCCGCUUCAGCUUCGUCAGUCGGAGCGAAUUUGACCGCCAGUCUACCGAAUAUUGGACAGGCUUUCAGCGCGCCGGGAGCUUUCGCGCAAGGAAGGGGGUUUCCUGCGAUGAUUGUGAGGUUUUUGGGAUUGUACUUUUCGACGCUGUUUAGCUUUGAUCCGGCGAGGACGGCGGAGGAGAGUCCGUUUGCGGUUAAGAAGGGGAGUGUGAGGGCUCGUUGAGCGGAGAGGAAGACGCAUGGGUGGACACGAACUAUGGGAUACGGCGUUGAAGGCGUUUCAAGAGCGGCGGAGAUGAUACCACAGGUUUUGAUUGCGACUUUGUCGUUACGACAGGACAGGAACGACGCGCUUCGAGGGAAUGACUGCCCUCGAUCAGACCUACACGAAGCAUGAUACAUAUUUACAUGAAUGGGAAUAUUAAGCCAGCCAUGUCCACUGCUCAUUCCCUCCCGCGG